GGCCAUCAUCGCUGUUCGGACAAGAUCCUCACAACGCGAAGACGAUGGCGACCGGCGACCUCGUGCUCAAGGUCGCGACUGCGGACCAACUGUACGAAGCUGAUGUGCAUACGUACAGCUCGUGGGGUGCGCCACACCUGAGCCUGGAGCAGUACCUCAAGCGCGAGGCCCGGCUCCGCGACACGACGUUCGCCAAGGAGACGCUCACGGGCUACGUGCUCGUGCCGGCGGCCGACCCGGACACGCGCGACAUCCUCGCGUACGUCGAAGUCUUUCGCCGCCCGAGCGUUAUUUACCCAUCAUCCGCCUCGCCCAAGGUCUACAUCGAUGGCUUUAGCAUCGGGUCCGUCUACACGCCCGUGGCGCACCGCAAGAAGGGCUAUGCGACGACGAUGCUGGCACUGGUCGUGGAGCGGCUCCGCGCCGCAUCGACGGGCUACGUGCUCUCAAACCUCUACUCGGACAUUGGCCCAACGUACUAUGCGACAAAGGGCUGGCGCGUGCAUCGGUCGGACGAGGCAACGAUCCCAGUGGCUGCGAUAUUGCCGCCAGCCGCCUCGCCAGCCUCGGCCGUCCUCUACUCGAUCGACUCGCAUUCCGCGCUAUUGCACGCGGCCCAAGGGUCCCAGCGCCUCCUGGACGCGUCGCUUGCGCCCGGCCAGUGCGCCUUUGUCGUGACGGCGAGCUGCAUCGAGUGGUUCGCGGCGCGCAGCCACUUUUAUGCCAAAACGCUCAAGCAAAUGGCGUCGCUCCCGACGUCGCUCGGCGGCUACAAGGUCGGCGCCAACAGCAAAGUCACGGACGCUGUGCUAUGGACGCACAACUUUCGCGACGACCAGCUCGUCGUGCUGCACUGGAACGUCCAAGCCGAGAACGCGUCGGCCUUUCUCUCGCUUGCGGCCAAGGAAGCGACCGCGUGGCAGCUCAAGGAGAUUGCCAUUUGGAAUGCUGAUCUCCCGACAGAGCUCCGCCACUUGAAUAACACGGCGCGCGAGGACUCGCUCUCGUCGCUUCUCGUGCAAACGCUUCCGGACGCGACCGAAGCGACGCUCGAAUGGGUUAGCAACGAAAAGUAUGCAUGGGUCUAGUCGUAUCAUCCCGCGCACGGUCUACGGUAGUCUAGUAGCGAGCCACAACUCGUGAAUUCACUGAACAAUGCGCGGAUAUGUCUGUCUUGGCUAGCAUAAGCUACGAGGGCUGCUCGGUAAGCAGCUCGAUGCAACAAUGUCCCGAUCAUGCCCCUUCCAAAGCCUCAACGGAGUGA